GAUAAUGUGCGUUCUGCCUUUUAGAGAGCAUACUGUGGCCAGUGCAGUGAAAGGAUAUGGGGUCUCAGCAGGCAAGGCUACAAGUGUAUCAACUGCAAAUUGUUGGUCCAUAAACGUUGUCACAUACUUGUUCCACUGACCUGCAAAAGGCAUAUGGAUUCGGUCAUGCCUUCCCAGGAACCUCAGUUAGGUGAUAAAAAUGAUGAAGUUGACCUCCCUUCAGAAGAAAAUGAUGGAAUUCCUUACAUUCCCUCAAACCGGAAGCAUGACAGCAUUAAAGAUGACUCUGAGGAUAUCAAACCAGUCAUUGAUGGAAUGGAUGGAAUUAAGAUUUCUCAGGGGCUUGGGCUACAGGACUUCGAUUUAAUCAGAGUUAUUGGACGUGGAAGCUAUGCCAAAGUUCUUUUAGUUCGGUUAAAAAAGAAUGAUCAAAUCUAUGCGAUGAAAGUAGUGAAAAAAGAAUUGGUCCAUGAUGAUGAGGAUAUUGAUUGGGUACAGACAGAGAAACACGUGUUUGAACAGGCAUCCAGCAACCCAUUCCUAGUUGGUUUACAUUCCUGCUUUCAAACAACGAGUCGAUUAUUUCUUGUCAUAGAGUAUGUAAAUGGAGGAGACCUUAUGUUUCAUAUGCAACGGCAAAGAAAACUUCCUGAAGAACAUGCAAGGUUUUAUGCUGCUGAAAUUUGUAUUGCUCUGAACUUCCUACAUGAAAGAGGCAUAAUCUACAGAGAUUUAAAACUAGACAAUGUUCUUUUAGAUGCAGAGGGUCAUAUCAAAUUAACAGAUUAUGGCAUGUGCAAGGAAGGAUUGGGUCCUGGUGACACUACGAGCACUUUCUGUGGAACACCAAAUUACAUUGCACCAGAAAUCCUAAGGGGAGAAGAAUAUGGGUUCAGCGUGGACUGGUGGGCUCUUGGUGUAUUGAUGUUUGAAAUGAUGGCAGGAAGGUCUCCAUUUGAUAUCAUUACUGACAAUCCAGACAUGAACACUGAAGAUUACCUCUUCCAAGUUAUCCUUGAGAAGCCCAUCCGGAUUCCAAGGUUUCUUUCUGUCAAGGCCUCCCAUGUGUUAAAAGGAUUUUUAAACAAGGACCCCAAGGAAAGGCUUGGUUGUCAGCCACAAACAGGAUUUUCUGAUAUCAAGUCUCACACGUUUUUCCGCAGCAUAGACUGGGAUCUGCUGGAAAAGAAGCAAACAACCCCUCCAUUUCAGCCUCAGAUCACAGAUGAUUAUGGUUUGGACAACUUUGAUACGCAGUUCACCAGUGAACCUGUGCAGCUAACCCCAGAUGAUGAAGAUAUAAUAAAACGAAUAGACCAGUCAGAAUUUGAAGGAUUUGAAUACAUUAAUCCAUUGUUGCUGUCAACGGAAGAAACAGUAUGAAGGAAAGGCAUCUUUGCUGUGGACAAUGUGAAUGACCUUAAAUUUAUACUUAACUACAGUAUAUGCAUGCAAGGCUGGGGAACUGUAAGAUUCUGGAUGGAGACCAAUGAUUUAAAAAAAAAAAAUAAUUGCUGCUGAAAAUCAAAGAAGAGAAUAAUGAUUCUGGUGGGUCUUACCACCACUAAGUUAUUCUUAAAUUCUGGGCACUGACACAACUGGCUUCAUUAAUGAAGGAAUUUGCAUUUUGUGCCUAUUUCAUGAAGGAUUGAAACACUCAUUGCAUCUCUGGGAAAGGAGUUUCUGAACAAGUUUGAGAACUGCACACUUUCUACAAACAUUUGAUGCAAUGAGUUCCAGUUGAAGAAUAUUAGUGUAACAUCCUGAAGAAUAAAAUAUAUUACGGUGGUGUUGAAGCUUA